AUGACUCGCCCCAAUCCAGUUCUGCCUGGCUUCAAUCCAGACCCCUCUAUCACUCGUGCCAGUAGCGACUUCUUUCUUGCGACUUCCAGCUUUGAAUACUUCCCAGGGGUCCCCAUAUACCAUAGCAAAGACCUGAUUCAAUGGAAGCUCAUUGGCCAUGCCUUGACUAGGAGGAGUCAAAUCCACAUCGCGGCCCCUGAGCCAGGAGGAGGGGUUUGGGCGCCAACCUUGAGAUAUCAUGAUAAUAUGUUCUACUUAGCCACAUCCAGCUUCGACCGAUUCCGACCCCAACAAGACGAACGGACGUUUCCCAGAGGUUUCUAUAUCAAAACAGCGAACAUAUGGGACUCGUCAUCUUGGUCAGAUCCUGUGUACUUUGACAUGGUGGGAUUCGAUCAAGAUCUCUUCUGGGAAGACGAUGGAAGCGUGUACUUGUCUACCACUCACGUAAAGGUCGAUCGAUCACCUGAUGCAGAUAAAUCACAACUCGACUUCGCCAUCCACACUUGCAAGAUAAAUUUGGAAACGGGUGACUCGAUCUCCAAACCAGUGAUGAUUCGUGAAUCUCCUUCUGGAAUUGCCGAAGGCUCGCAUAUCUUUCGACGCGGAGGGUAUUAUUACCUUCUCACAGCAGAGGGUGGCACUGGCUCUAGGCACUCCGUAUGGGUGUUCCGGAGCGAGCAUGGAAUUCUGGGGCCCUGGACAUCUUUCCCGAAUAACCCUCUGCUGAGCAGAUCUACCGACCAUGAGGUACAAAACACAGGGCAUGCGGACUUUGUGGAGGAUGCGAAUGGUCAAUGGUGGGCCGUGCUUCUUGGAGUGCGGCCGAUUCGAAAGAGCGACGGCGUGUGGCAAGAUUCCGUUUUUGGGCGCGAGACAUUCCUUGUCCGGGUGCAAUGGAUCGAUGAGUGGCCCAUCAUCAACCGUGGACAGAAAAUUUGCGUCGGCCCUGAGCCGGAAACUCACUCGCGAAUUAUCUGGAGAGAUGACUUUUCUGAGCCUUCUUUAAAGUUGGGAUGGUACAGAAAAAAUACAGCGGAGAAGGUCGACUCUACUAUGAUAAACAACCCAAGUCGUCUGCGCCUGCAUGGCGGGCCUUAUAACCUCUCCUUGCCGGCCAGCCCGACAUUGUUUCUGCGGAAGCAGACGCACAGGUUCUGCGUCUGGGAGACCAAGCUCUCAUUUCACCCGACAGCGGGGCGUGAAGAAGCUGGAUCGGUGGUCUGGUGGAAUUACCUCACUUACAGCAGUAUUGGGAUCCGCAAAGUGCAUGAUGGAACCAACGGAGAUGCCACAGCCAGAGCAAGACUUGUUCGGUUCAGAUCAGCGGAAUGCGAGAUUGUGGAGCGCAGGCUCCGUAGAUUUGACUCCGAUGUUGUUCUUUUGAUCAGAUGCAACGACUCUGAGUAUGAGUUCGGGUUCAAGGAGCUUGAUGCGACGGGGAAUGAGACGCUAGAACCUCAGUGGUUGGGAAAAGUGAGUAACAAGGUCAUGACAAGACCGCCACCUAUCGGGCUAGCCUUCUCAGGUAUGUUGCUGGGAUUAUAUGCCUUCGCAGACUUUCGGAAGUGCACGGAGCCAGCCGACUUCCAUUAUGCGGAAUUUAGGCUGCGUUAUUGA